AAUAACGAAAGUAUUGAAAACGAGAAUAGCGAAAGUAUUGAAAAUAUUGAUAAUACAGAGGAUAUAGUUAUCAACAAUGAUGUUAUUGAAAAAAACGAUGGUGAAAAUGAUAUAGUUAAUGAAGAAGUUACUGAGAAUGCUAUUAUUGAAACAAUCGAUGACGAUAAAGAGACCUAUGAAGUUAUCGAUACUUUAAACAACUCAUCAGAGGCAGAAGAAAUUAAACCAUAUACAAUUUUAUCACAAGAUGACAUGAACAUUGAAAACAAAACUAAAGACACGAAAUCUAUACAUACAGGAGAUGACGAAAACGAUUUCGAUUUUAUUGACAACACCGUAUUCGAUUCUAAUUCAUCGACAAAUCUCAAUUAUGAUGAAACUAUGGACGCUCGCAAGCCGUUAAUUGUUGUUGAUAGUAAUGUUGAAGAAAGCAAUGAAGCUGCUUUAACUCAAAUUAAAAAACAAUCUCAAAAUGAACAAGUUAUCACAUCACCUAUGGGGGGUGUGGAAAAUAUAAACGUGACGAAUGAAGAGAACGAUGAUGAAUUUGUGAUCGUUAAUACUUCAAAUUAA